UACAGAGGUACCUAGCAGCUACCUCAUCUCCCCUGUCGUCAGGACAGCAGGCGGGCCAAACUGGCGACCUCUUGACCUCUUAACGCGACCGCCCUGGGUACUUCACCCAGAUAGCCCAAACAAACAACAAAUCCCCUCUCAGCAUUUUUCUGACCGGUGUCCUCAUAACCGACCAGACUCGUUUCCUCGUUGCUGAGCGCCAACCACACAGUCCAGAGACGACAACGCCGCUUGCGCCCAAGAUUAUCCCGGCAAACAUGCCCGACCUCAACUCCAUCCUGCCCUCUCCCCGUGCCAUGGCUGCGUCCCGCCAGGCCUCAUCCUCCAACCAGAAUCGUCGCUCGUACACCUCGUCUACUGCUCCAGCACCCAUCUCGCCUUCGCUGAACAUUUUGCCUUCGAAUCAGCAGGCUUUUCACCGGGCGUCCUCGGGUUCUUCGCUCCCGUCACCGCCCCUAUCGGGAGUUCCCCUGAUGCACCCGCCUUCAGCUCCGGGCCAGGAUAACACUGGCGUUGGUGCCGGCCCAGGACCCUUACGACACCCGCGUCCGUUGACGGCUGCGGAGCUGCAUUCUCAGUUAGAGCAGGAGCAGGAGUUAUUGGUAAACCGCCUGACCCGCGAUUUGACCAUACUUCGAGCCGCGCAGAACUCCUCAGUGGUCUCCAAUGCCUCGUCGACCAGCGCGUCCACCUCCGCCGAUCAGACCCACCCGUCGUCGUUCACCGACACUCAUCUCCUUUCCGGCCCAGGAUUCCCUAUCCCAACAACGAGUGCUGAUCGUCGACACCACCGGACCAGCUCGAGUACAAGUACGCGCAGCUUGAACCAAUCUGCCGGGGCUACCCAAGGCUCUACGCCCGCACCGAUACCAAUUCCCCAACCCCACUCUGGAAGUGCUGCUUCGGUCCUCGAGGCAGCCAGAAAUCCCCGAGGCGCACCCGGGAUGAGCAGGCAGAACAGUGCGGCGUCGCGCCGGAGCGGAAGUCGGAACCACUCGCCGCACCCCUACCACAUCUCCACGAGUUUCGGGUCUUCGUAUACUCCGUCGCACGGCUUUCCUCACGACAACGGGUCGAGCUAUUUCCCGCGCAGUUCUAUCUCGUCUAGCACCAGCGUAGCGGCCACACCCGGAUCCGAGCUCUCGCCUGGGCUCAUGCCAGCAACUUUGCGCUACGAAGAGACGGCUCACUACCGGCACGAGUUGGAGACGGCCAAGCGUGAGAACGAGGUGCUCAAGAGACGCAUCAAAGAGCUAGAAAGGGCACUGCGCGAUCGUCGACAGAGCGACGCCAGCCGCGCUAGCGGCGGAAGAGACCGGAGCGGGAGCACUAGCACGACAGCGAGCAUGAGCGUGAGCGGCGCAACCGGGGUUGGCGGUACCAUCGGGGGCGGCACAAGCAUUGCCGGAGACCGGAGAGGCGAGCGGAGAGCUAUGGACCGGGCCACGAGCAACUUGAGCAUCAGCGGCAGUAUUGCGGCCGGCGUGCCCGAAGAUGAGGUUAGAGUGGGUGAGAGCGCUGCGAGCGCGGGUCUGCUAGCAGGAGGCGAGCAGGCUCAGGGGCCGAAGUAAGAGCCACCGGAUACGUCAGGCCGGUUGGCAGUAGACGUGCGGCAGGUCAUCUUGGCAGUGUUUUCGUUUUCUUCGGCCUUGAACGAGGUACGGCGGUGCCUUUCCCACGCCAUUAUCGGCGUUGAGGGCCAAGAGUGCACGA